CGAGGUGCGCCCUGAUGGCUGCCACCCUCCGACUCUGUCCCCUGGGGCUGGGGCAAGUGCCUGAGAGGAGCACAGGGUCCAGUACAGGCUGGGGGUGGGCAUCCAGGGUCUGGGAUGGGCUGGGGUGGGCAUCUAGGGUCUGGGGAUGGACAUCUAGGGCUGGAGUAGGCAUCUAAGAUCUGGGACGGACUGGGGCUGUAGGCUGAAGGCUCCAUCACAUUCAGGUGCUGCAGCAGAAGGAAUGUGGGUUCCUGUACCCCUGAAGGAGGGACAGUGGGUGGAGAACAAGCCCAAGAAUCACUACAAGAACACCCUUCCCUGUGAGGGCAGAGGGCAGGGCUUCAUCCGUCAGGCCUGGGGGAGGUGGGGGGAGGCCGUGCCUCUGCCACCACUGACCUAAGGCUCCCUCUUGCACCUGGACCCCCCAUCUCUGCUCUCCAGGGGUCUGUGGGCAAAGAGGCAGGGUGGGGCCCAUGAGCUCCACCCUGGAGACCUGAGCGGCACCUCCCUUCCCAGCUGACACCACUCGAGUAAUCCUGCUCGACAUGAUGACAGCAGGCCUGGAACUGAUGACGUCAAUGCCAGCUACAUCAGGGAGGACUGACCCUGAGGAGGAGCCAGGCCAUGGUGUGGCCAGCGUGUACAUUGCCACGGUGGCUGCUUUCUGGGCCAUGGUGCACCAGGAGAACACGUGUCAUCUUCAUGACCACCAGGGAGGUGGAGCGAGGCAGGGUAGGGGCGAGGUGCCAGUGGGCACGCCAGUGCCCAUCCCACUCCGCACACUUCAGCUGCCUGGGGCCCAUCCCGCCCAGGCCAAGGAGCCUGUGGGAAGCCGUGGGACUGGGGAGGGUCCCAGAGAGUCCCGUGGCUGCACGCACAUGCCUGUGUCUCUGCAGGGCACGGGGCCAGGGAGGUGCCGGGGGCUGCCGGGAAGGCGGAUGCAAGCGUUCUCCCCAGAACAGGUGUUUCCGGUACGGGCCCGAGCUGCACGGCAGCCAGGAGUCCGGCCGGUGCGUGUGCGUAACCUGGGAGCUGCCAGGCCAAGGGCGACUGUGUGUGGGAGCUGCAGGUGUGGCGGCCAGAGCCUGGAGGAGCCACCGCGCACCGUGCAGCACCUUAGUACUUCAGCUGGCCGGACCACGGCGUCCUUGGCUUCCCGGGCGAGGGGAACCGGGCCCAGAGCAGCGAGCCGGGGGCCCGGACCGUGCUGGUGCACUGCAGGUGCGGCAGGGCGGGGCCACGCGGGCCGUGCAGCGCGGCCCCGGACGCACCGGCACCAUCACCGUGAUUGGCAUCCUGGUGGAUGUCACCCGCAGGGAGGGCUGGACUGCGACUUCGACGUCCCGAAGACGAUGCAGCUGGUUCGGCGGCUGCGCUCCGGGAUGGUGCAGACAGAGGCGCAGUACAAGUUCGUGUACUCGGCGCUGCAGCGGUACAUCCAGUGCGAGCAACUGCGCCUGCGCGAGCAGGUGGGGGCGGGGCGUGCGCGGGGCGGGGCCUGCGCUGGCGUCGCCAUGGUGACCGGCGGCCCCUCACCCCCGCCCGAGCGGUCCGGGAGCGCGAGAACCAAAACGUGGGCGCCGCCCCCCGCGAAUAGGGUUGCAGCCCCCGGCCAACGUCUCCGCGGGCGCCCGCGGACGCCGGAGCCCUGGGACCGCGAGGAUGCGAACCUGCGGAGCGGCGGGUGCUUGAGGAGCCACAGGGAACGCCCGGCCUGGCCGUGCCCGCGGACCGGCUUCCAGUGGCUGCUGCGCCCUUGA